GUAAAUGCGUCGUAACAUAAGGCAAAUAAAAUUUUCAUAUUAGCCAAGUAAUAAGACAAUAAGCAAAGGAAUAAGAUCCAAGUCUUCUGUAGUAAAUAUCAGCGCAAAAACAACAUUAAUAAUCUUCGUUGCAUCUCCUUCAGAAUAAACAAAGUCACAAUUUCCUGCAACUACUUGUUAAUUAAUAGACUCAGACAAAUUUGUUUGUAAUUUUAUGGAUUUUAUAAUUAGAAAUGUCGUAGUAGAAGGGUUGGUACACACGGCUUGAGUAAGGGUACGGGGCGGAGGGAAGUGGUGGGUGGAUGAAGCAAUAGGUCUUGAGGCUGGGAGCGACCAGGUGGCUGCCAUACCUUAGCACCUUGGACUCGUGCUAGGUAGGACUGGGAGACAGUAUAAAAAUGCCUGCUGGAGGGUGCUCAUCCCCCACACCUUCUGCCAGCAAGAUGAAGUGCCUUCUGGUCCUCCUCUCCCUCGCCGCCCUCGCAAGGGCUCAAGACACCUUUGAGUGCGAGUGUGCCGCCUAUGUUACAAUGGGCGACAAGGAGGUUGAGGUCCUCAAGUUUCCCACCACCACCAUUGACGACUGUACCACCGACUAUCCCGUCUGCUUCGAGCGAUGCUCCAACGAGUGGAACUUUUUAACAGGAGACGGGAGUCUGAACAUUGUCGGUCCGGACGGCGACGGGAUAUUGAUCGGCCAACACAUGUGUGACACUCUCAAGGGUUCUGGCAUCACCGAACUUGGCCAACAUAUAGUGUACCUGUACUACCAUGUCUGCAACGCGGGUCCCUGGAUAUUCACCGGUCAGUACAGCCAUGGUAAUCUGUGUUGCACUAGCGGUAAAUACUACGACUGUUAAGUGACAUCAAUUCAUCGGGUGUCUCUAGAAGGCCACAGAAUCUGAACAUCGUCAAGGGAAAGCUGUGAAACAGGCACUACUGCUGCUGCUGCUGAUCCAUCAAUACAAGCCAGCUGUUUUUCCUAGACCUGCUUACUUAACUACCCAGCAGAAGUGGCCGUCCUAACAGCUUCCGUCAACUAGAAGCUCUUAGGACUUCUACUUGCACGAGGUGACAAGAGUGUCGUCUUUUCACAGAUAAAGGCUAUCUGUCAAAGACAAUGGCUACCUUAGCCAUUAUAUAAAUAUAUAUAAAUAAAGGAUUCAAAUAUGA